AUCGCCUGACGAAGGAAGGUAAUCCAAACCUGACAAUGUCUCUCGUUGGUUUAACAGCCCUGAUCGUGGUGACCUUCGCCUUUGGUCACGUGACCAGUCUAGAACAAACAACAAUCGAUCAGUUGAAAAAUGUGGUAGCGGCACUAUCCAGACAGGUGAUGUUGCAACAGUUUGCAGCAGAAGAAAAGAUACGAGCAGACGGCGGCUCCGGCAUCAAACAAAUCAGAGUUGACGCGGACGGACCAGAGAACUUCUACGUCAACACCCACAGCGGGAGAUCUAUCAGCUCCAUACACGACCACUCCAACACCAUGCUCACAGUGGGUCAAGGUGAAGGACAGUAUGUGCUCAACGGUGUGGAGUUCCGUACCCGCCACAACGACUACCUCCUGCGCAUGCCCAGCACGCAGACCGGAAACUACAAUCAGAUGACUGAGAUUCCCUUCCCACCUGUUCCGCCCGAGGUCCUUGAAAAACCGACAGUCCAGGAGCAGAUCGCGGAACUCCGCGAAUGGUUCCAGGCAUGGAAAGAACAAAACUACCAGACCAGGGACUACAGACCUUACUUCAAGCCUGUGCUCUGCUACAUGGAAGGUUCGUGGACCACCAACACCAACAAAAUAGAAGAACCGUUCUUCAGUGACCGGCACGCCAUUGAUGCCUCGUCUUGGUUUGACCUUCAGGAAAAGGUUCGCUUCUCCGCCUACACUGGUAAGAAGAGCAUGAAAGAGAACUUCGCCUACCUCCCUACCACCAUCAUCAACAUCACAGAGAACGGGGUACCUGUGUACGCUCAGUGGAACUACAGGAUCGCCUGUCACCCUCUGUCUAAAGAUCUGCCUACGUCAUACCUGAAUCUUGUAGACGACCUGAGUGUCAGGUUGCCAAAUGGCUACACUCUAGAGGAGUAUAAGAACACCAGAUCAGCAAGGUUCAACAUCCUGGGACCGAGUGACAGAAGACUGACCUAUUACAACUACCUGGACGAGCUCAUGUCAGAGGUGCCAGGUAAAGACAACUACGGCGUCGUUCUACACGAUACCAGUAUGGCCGCCACCUACCUGCAUCCCACAGGAACCAACGGCACACUGCUGAACGUCGGCUACUACCACCGUCGUUAUAGAGUGGCAAAAGCUGAUGCUAUGGGCUUGUCGGGGGGCAGGAGGGGCUACAGCGAUCCUAACGUCUUCAUGGCUGAGACCACACAGGAAAGUAUAGCACCGGUGUCGCUGGUAGAGUGUGUCAAGAAAAGAAAAUGUACCACCGUUGUUAAACGAAUGUCUUACGCCAUCCCGCUAGAGAUCAUUUACCUGACCCCGCUGACCAACUGGAAUCCUUACAACAUCACCUACCACUACGGUAGUGAGGCGGCCAUUGUUACAAGCGACGGGAGAAAAGGAGGCUUUAAACCAAACACAGCGUAUAACGGAACCCACUAUUCGCUGUAUUACCGUACCCCAACCGAGUUCUUCACAGGGGCAGAGGUGGGGGUCAGUCCAGCAGACACGACAAAGGGAUCAGUCGGGGUUCUUGAUCAAGAAGGGGUCGUGAGGAAAGUAUCAGCAUCAGGGGUCAGGAUAUUUCUACCCAAAAUUCAAGGGAUUGGAUCAUUGAGGACGCGCUACCCCGUCGCCCCCGUUCACGGAGAAAGUAGUUCCGUGUGGAAAGAGUUGAACGCUCUGAAGAAAGUCGUCAUGCAGAUGUACACCAAUGAGAAGUACCUCACGGAAAAAUUGGCCAAACAACCGCUCUCAACCACAACGGCACCUUCCAAAAAACAACCAUCUACUGAUAAGGCUAUGAACAAAAUGAUAUCCCCACGGUCCCCUCAGGCUGUACCACACCUACGUCUUCUGACCAGCGUCGCGACCAGGGACCCCCCAGGGGAACAUGUCCACACCAUCGAGUUGACCGAAGAUGACCAGCUCGCCUUAUUCCGUGGUCAGAUCCUGGAUCUAACAACCAGCGAAGACAACUCCCACUCGCAUCAGGUGCGGGUGAAAUAUUUCAACAACAGGUUUCACGUCCUUUCCUGUGAUGGAAAGGGUUCCGUCCCCUGUUGGGAUGGACACACGUCCUGUCUGACCACAGAACAAGAGGACGCCUGCCCACCUGAAGAUUCGAACCUCGAUUCCGUCAAAGACCAAAUUUAAAUCUAAAAAUAGUUGUGUAACUCAAAAGUCUAUGUUUUAACUUAAAUUUCUUUUUUGAAAAAUAAUUUUAAAUAUGUUUAUUACAAGAACUUGGAAUUAAAAAAAUCCCCGUCCAGUUUAUACAUUAAUUGACUACACGGCAAGGUCCUAGAGAGGAGGUAGCUUUAUGUAAGCAUCACUAAAAUAUACUGCGAUUGGUUCCUGAAUGGUAGACACUCCUCACACUCCACAUACAACUAGGUUUUCAGUGACUGCUUCUCGGCUAAGUUCAGACAUCAGACUCAAAGCUUAAAAUCUGUUUAACACGUCAUUAAUUUUAUGUGUGUUGUUAGUCCAGAACAUUCUAAGCCGAUGGGCAAACAGCUGACCAGACCAUCCAUUAACCUCCCUCGGUCACAGAAACAGGUGAACUCUACUUCACCUGUUAAAUGGACAGUCAAGUUCAACUGGUUAUAUUAUCUGGCUACAAUUAUCCCCAGUAAUUGAAAAAAAUAUUGAAAUUAUUGCAAUCAUGUUCAUGUAAUAUCUUAUUAUAAUUAGCAAUAUGUUUCCUAUAUUUUAUUGACCCGGUGAAAAUCAAUGGUUAAAGCGUUUUUUAAAACAUUUUCUGUACAUAUUUUUGUAUAUGUAAAUAUUUCAAUCAGGCAAAUAUUAACCUACUUAGUAAUUUAU